AUGCCUGCAGCCCUGACCGUCAGCGAGGCAGAAAUCGACAGCAGCAGAUGCAACCGCAAAAGUCCCAGCCUGGAUCCUGAAGACCCCCGCUGUGCCAAGCUGACCCUAAGUGGAAACCUUACGAAGAGUAGCGGCGCUGACAUCGCCAUUGGCAAAGCCGUCUUGUUCGCGCGGCAUCCGCAGAUGCAGCACUGGCCUUCCAGCCAUCACUUCGAGGUUCACGAGUUGAUCCUCCGCGACAUUUGGCUCAUCGACUUCUUCGGCGGCGGAGAACUCAUCGCCGUCGCCGACUUCCUCGCGGCUGCGCCGAAGCACACCACGCCUUACGCCGACGGAGCAACCGCGGUGGAGGGCGCGAUUGCAAUGAAGCCACCGCCGUAUUUCAAAGUAGCCGAAAGGGCGCGGUGGUUGAUGUAUCACAGCAGCUGGUGUGCCCUGGGUACCAACUCAGUGCGUCUGAUGGCACCCUGGGGCAAUGUGCGAUCUCUGGCAGAUGGUCUGGGGAAGAACAGUACAGGUCUUCCCAUGCUGUACUUGCCCACCCCGGACCCUCCAGCGUGGACGUGCAUGCUGACAGCCGGGUAG